AUGUGUGUGUGUGUGUGUGUGUCAGACGUGCUCACACUAACAUUACCUCUCAUCACUUCACAGCUCAUCGCCAACACUCACUAACCUCCACUAACUACCAGCCUCGACAGAACAUAGAAGAACCGUCUUUCUCUCGUCCUCACUGAAGUCAGCGAGUGGAGAAGAACUGCAGAACUCAGCUCUAAAUCAGGUCAUCAUGUGUACGGGUAAAUGUGCUAAAUGCACCGCAGACCUUCUCUUCCCACUCGGUCUCUUAGCCGUGGUUGGAAACAUCCUGCUGUUUUUUCCCAACGGUGAGGUGUGGAGGACCGAGGAGAUCACAGAGAAGAUCUGGUUCUUCCCCGGGGUGAUCGGAGCAGGACUGCUGGCGUUUCUGCCGGCGUCCAUCAUGAGGGCCGCAGGACGGGAGGGCAGCUGCUGCGCAAACAGAUGCGGGAUGCUGCUGUCCAUGCUGAUGUCUGUGUUGGGUGUUGCUGGAGCUCUGUACUGUAUGAUCAUCUCUGCCGUCGGCCUGCAGGACGGCCCUCUGUGUGACACAGGAGACGGGAUCUUCAUCUAUCCCUUCCUCAACAGCACUACAGAAGAGAGUUAUCUGGUCAACCAGACGUCGUGGACGGUGUGUGUGCGGCCGCAGAAUGUGGUCAUGUGGAACGUGGUCCUGUUUUCCAUUCUCUUGAGCAUCGGGACUCUGGAGGCUGUGCUUCUGCUGGCACAGAUAGUCAACGGACUGAUCGGGUGUCUCUGUGGGACCUGCAUGAACGAGAACCAGCAGACACGGAUGGAAUGAAACCCAAGAGCACACUCCAGCAUGUGGGACCUGUGCAGAGAUAUAUAUGAACACAAUGACAUCCACACAGAUCUGCACAAACACACAGAGGUUUCAUAACACACAUAGGAUGAAUAUCAUGUCUAGUUUUUGUGAAUCAUACUCUUGUCUUCUGUAAAUGAAGCCUUUGACAGGUAAUGAAUAGAAGGUCAAAUCAUCUCAUGGCAAUUCGUAGGUGAUUUUACAUUUUAGUGAAUAUUAGCAAUAUUUCAGACACAUGAUGUUUAAAUAACCCUGUAAUAUUCAACUAUUAAAUAUAAUAAACAUAUUUUCCAUGUUUUGUAAA